UUGCAGGUGGCUUUCAUAGUGACUAACCAAGCAAUAAUGGAAGCCAUGGAAGGGGAAAAGCUGGUUCACAUCAUAGACCUGAAUGCUGCUGAGCCAACACAGUGGUUGCAGCUGCUGCAUGACUUGAGCAGCCACCCGGAAGGGCCACCGCAUCUGCGCAUAACGGGGGUGCACCACCACAGACAAACGCUGGACCAAAUGGCCCGUCUCCUCACGGCCGAGGCAGAGAAGCUCGACAUCCCUUUCCAGUUCACUCCGGUCGUCACAAGGAUCGAAAACCUAGACUUCCAGAAACUCCGUGUCAAAACGGGAGAGGCUCUGGCCAUCACCUCAAGCCUACAGCUACACACUCUCCUUGCAUACAAUGACCAAUUCAGGAAGAGUUCACCGCCAGGGGAUUUCCUCGAGAAUGACUCUGCCUCGAGUAGCAAGAUAAAGGGAUUCCUUAACUCUUUGUGGGCACUCUCCCCGAAAAUCGUGAUGAUAACGGAGCAGGAGAGUAACCACAAUGGGCAAACAUUGACCGAGAGGAUGUCGGAGUCGUUGUAUUACUACGCAGCGUGGUUCGAUUGCCUGGAAUCAACGCUGCCAAGAACAUCAUCGGAGAGAAUGAGGGUGGAGAAGGCGCUUUUAGGGGAGGAGAUCAAGAACAUUGUGGCGUGCGAGGGAGUGGAAAGGAAGGAGAGGCAUGAGAGGCUAGAGAAGUGGUUUUGGAGGUUGGGGUCGGCCGGUUUCGGGAAUGUGGGGUUGAGUUACUACUCAAUGCUGCAAGCAAGAAGGUUGUUGCAGAGUUGCAGGUGUGAUGGGUAUAAUUUGAAGGAAGAGAAUGGGUGUUUGGUUAUAUGCUGGCAAGAUCGAGCCCUCUUCUCUGUAUCUGCUUGGAGGUGCAGGAAAUGAGAUUAUAAUCACUGUUAUUAUUCUUAAUUAAGUAAUUACUAAUUAGUAGCCUGAAAAGAAGUGCUCAUCAGUUUAGACUUGGUUCAUCGGACCAAACCAGUGUCUCUAAUUUUUGGGACUGAUAACAAUGUUUAGUUAUGUGACUUGUGUCUUUUUCCCCAUUUUGUAUUCAUGUAAUGUAACUUCUAAAUAUAUUGGUCCGGGAACCAAGUUUAGGCACCCCCUCUCUCGCUCCAAGCAACCAACUUUUUUGUAGAACAAAAAAUCUGAAUAAGAGGUAAUCGGUAAUAGGCUUU